AUGGCAGGCGGUCCUCAGCUCGCCUCUGCAGGGACAGUGCACACAGAAGCCUCUCUCCUCAGCAUGAAGCGCCUCCACCUGGCACCCUGGGCCUCCCUGGUCCUCAGCCUGGCCUUCCUCUCCUUCCACCGCGUUUACUUGGCAGAAGCAAGCAGCGGCGGCAACUCGACCUUGACCGUCCACCAUCCAGAGAAUCUUGAGACCCUGGAGCAGUGCCCCAACGUUGACUUCUGCCCACAAGCAGCCCGGUGCUGCCACAUGGGGGUAGAUGAAUACGGCUGGAUCGCGGCAGCUGUUGGAUGGAGUCUCUUGUUUCUCACCCUUAUUCUGCUCUGUGUGGACAAGCUGAUGAAGCUCACUCCAGAUGAGCCCAAGGACUUGCAAGCCUGA